AACUCUCAAUCACAGCAUAGUUCACCAACGGAAUCAGCAACAUGUCGUGCAAGACUCUCUUCCUGUCGUUGUGUGUGGCGUUGAUCGCGUUGAAUGCCGUCCAGGCACAAAAAUCUAUUCCUAAGCGAUUCGUCGUCAUCACGAAAAGCGCCAGCUUCUUCGAGGCGUGGCAUGACUGCAACUCCUUCGAUGGAUACCUGGCUGCUAUAGAAUCUGCGAGAGAUCAGUCUCUUGUGGAUGAAGCAUUGGCCAAAUCGAGCAAUCCGAAUGGCGUGUACUUCAUCGGAGGUACGGACAUUGGCCGAGACGGUCGUUGGAUGUGGAUCGGGCUGAACAAGCAGCUCAAGGACACGGACUACAGGAACUUCUAUCCCGGCGAGCCCAACAACCUUGGUGGACGCCAGGAGUGUCUAACGGUCGGCAACUGGAAGGGUGAACAGCGCGGCAAGUGGGACGAUUCGGAGUGCGACAAGAAGCUCGAUGGAUAUGUGUGUGCAUUCCCAGCUCGCCCGAAAUAAGUUAUCCGUUAAGUCCGUUAACUUGGAAAUCAUGUUGCUGUGACUUGUAUGGAAUAAUGGGAGUGAAUGGGAAUGUUGUAAAAUAAAUUCUCAUACAUCUACCAAAUCUGCUGAAAAAAUUAUU